GUUGUACCGCGGAUGUAAACACAGAACUGGAGUAGCUGUCUGGGGAAGUCGUAGUUAGUAACGUUAGCAGUUAGUAGUGAGUUUUUAAACAGUUACCCAGUCGCCGAGCUGGAGAAGAAUAAGAAGGAUGAGAGGAUACCGUACAGGGACAAACUUAUCAAGGUGGCCAGGGACCGGUAUUUGGCUAAAUUGUCGACAAUCAAUAACAUAGAGCCGCACGACCUCACAGCUAAAGACUGGAGCUCCGACGCUACAUUACUGCCUCCAACUUCAUCGCUGGAUAUAACAAACUACCUCGUUUACGGUAUCAGCGCUUACACAUAUGAACAGUUCAGAAACUAUAAAUCUCUCGAAGCUCACGGACAUUUCACGAAUGGCUGGUUGCAGCAACUGUUCACAUUUCGACCGCAGGACUGCGACAACACACUCGUCACUGCAAAGGUCUUGCACUCCCAACGCCUGUCUGACACACCACUCAAGGCCUGGGCCAUCAUCGAGCCAUCAGGAGCCAUAUCAUCAGGUCACUGCACAUGUAUGGCUGGGAUAGCGGAGACAUGUACACAUGUUGCAGCUAUGCUGUUUAAGCUGGAGGCGGUUGUCAGAUGCAGAGAGACAACAACAGUAACUGGACAACCUGCAUACUGGAUGAUACCAAGCAGCAUCAGUAAAGUGGGAGCAGAAGCAGGACACAAAAUCGACUUCACCACUGCAAAAGCUAAAAGAAAAUGCCUUGAUAAACUCCUGGAUGGUGAGGAAGGAAACAUGCCUGCUCUAAGGACUACGAUGAACAACUGUACAUUCGGCAUUUCCACACAGGACCAGUGGGCUUCAUAUCUUACAGAACUGCAAAAAGCAUCCCCAAAAGCCGCAAUUCUGUCGAAUCUCCCAGCAUUUUGUGAUGCAUUUGCAGACCCAGUGCAGCCAUUUUCAGCACCAGAUUCACUGCGCCAUCUACGUGAUGAGAAAAUGGAUGGCAGUGAUUUAUCUGCUUUGCGCCUACACUGCAAAACCUUGUCAAGAAAGGCAGACAUUUCACCUGAGCAGGCACACUACAUUGAAAAAAACAGCAGACCACAGUACAGAUCUUCAGCUUGGUAUCACUUCCGCAUUGGAAGGAUUACAGCAUCAAAUAUGCAUGCAGUCUAUGUGUCGGACUUGGACAAGCCCGCACUGUCCACAGUGAAAGCAGUUUGUUGUCCUAACAACAGUGCAACAAACCGAUGUGCUGCUACUGCAUGGGGAAGACAAAAUGAAGAGAGAGGGCAAACACAGUACAGACUGCAGACUGACAAACAUCACUGUGGCUUUGAGAUGAGUCAGUGUGGGUUUAUCAUAAACCCAAACUUUCCUCAGGUUGGAGCAUCGCCGGAUGGGAUUGUGCAGUGCACUUGCUGUGGAAAAGGCUGCGUCGAAAUAAAAUGCCCUUACAAGUAUCGUGACACUACUGUUGAGGAGGCAUGCAACAGUGGAGACAAAAACUUCUGUUUGGAAAUAGUGGAUGGAGAGCUGCAGCUUAAGAAGUAUCAUCCAUAUUACAAACAAGUACAGACGCAAAUUUUUGUCACAGAUGCUGAGUAUUGCGAUUUUGUUGUGUGGACUCUGAAAGACUGCGUGGUGUUGCGUGUGGCGCCUGACCCACAACUCUGGAGUGCUCUCUUGAAAAAGGCACAGCAAUUUUUUGAGUGUGUGUGUCUCCCUGAACUGGUGAGCUGCUACUUCACUUUGGGUGCAAGACGGGCACCACUCGCAUUGAUUUCUGUUCCACAAAGGAAAAGACCAUGCAAAACUUCAAAAACAGUAUCAGAGAAGUCCAGGAAGAAGGAAAGAGCUGUCAAGUUGUGGUGCUUUUGUCGUGGACCAGAGAGCAAAGAUGACAUGGUGGCCUGUGACAAUCAAAACUGCCCCAUUGUGUGGUUUCAUUUAAGCUGUGUUGGUCUACAACAUGCAACAGCUAAAGAAGACUUUUGGAUCUGCUCUCGUUGUUCCUCUCAGAAACAUGAUUGAACAUGAAAACUUUGAUUUGAACAUUGUUGAACAGUGUGCGGACCUAUUUUUUGUACUUUUGUAUCUGUUCUUCUGUCCAGCACCCAGUAUUCAACGUUUUUGGAUGUGCGUGCUGUUUUUUGAAUCUACAAUAUUUGAAUGUACAAGUAUCUGUGAAUUGUUGACAAAUUUGCACAUAGUUUGCACUAAUGUUUUUAGCACAAUUGUUAUUGCACAAUAUAUUGUUUCAGUGUUGAAACUGCCAUGCAAAGAUGUGCAAUUCUCUCACUACAGGACUUGUCAUGUGAAGUGGGACAAAUUUACUUGAAUACUUUAUGCUACAACUGUUAUUUAUAUUACUUGGCAUGCACAUAUUUUGUAUUUUCUUGUAUUGCUAUUUUAUCUGUUUACCAUUGUGCUGCUGCUGUGUUUUGUUUGUGAAAUAAAUUACAUAUC